GAGAGGAAGGAAGCAGCAGGGAGAGGAGGAGCUGAGGGUGAGUGCUGCUGCCGGCACAGAGCAACCCCGGCGUUUAGUUUUGCUCCGAAGUCGAGGAGGUGCUGAGGCACAGCAGCUGCCCAGUCUCAAACCAUGAACUAUGUGGGGCAUCUGGCUGAGAGCGUCUUUGUCACGGUGAAGAGGCUGUACCAUGACCUGAACCCUGCCACCCUGUCGGGCUGCAUUGAUGUGAUCGUGGUGAGGCAGCCCGACAACUCCUUCAAGUGCUCCCCGUUUCAUGUGCGCUUUGGGAAGCUGGGGGUGCUGCGCUCCAAGGAGAAGGUGGUUGACAUUGAAAUCAACGGAGAGCCUGUCGACCUGCACAUGAAGCUGGGAGACAAUGGAGAGGCCUUCUUUGUCGAGGAGCUAGAGGAGCGUGAGGGUGGCAUCCCUUUCUUCCUCUGCACGUCCCCCAUCUGCAAGGAGCGGUGCUCAAAUGAUGCUGCUCAACCCUCCCCUGGGCUGGAGGCCUCCAGCACUGGAGAGAUCCUGCGCAAGAGGAGGCGACGCAAGAGAAGGCCCAGAAAGAAGGAGGUGUUGGACUCAGAUUCUGACAGCUAUGAUGAGACCAAAAAAGAGCUGCCAGCCCCAAGUGAUGCAGCAAGUUCAUCCUUUGCUGGUCCCCUUGAAGUAACUGGGUUGUUGGAGCCCCCAGACGUAUACCCGUACUCCGAUGGGGACCUGCUGGAAGUGGACAGCUGCAUGCUGAGCCAUCAGUCGUCUCACAAAAGUGAUUCUGAACUGCAGAUCAAACCACGGGAAAGCUUUUCUCUAGGGGCUGAAUCCCGCAUGAAGUGGAUCUGGGGAAGGCUCCCUCAGGUGAAUAAAUUGGUGCAAGUUAAACCAACCAAGUCCACAAAGAUCACUGGUGCUGCAGCAACCACCAUCUCAGCGACAGUGGAUGAGGCAACCCCUCUUGUUGCCACCUCUGAACAUCCAGGAGGGGUUUUAAGCCCAGCAGAAUCUCAGGACAUGCCCCAUUCCUUACCUGUGUCUGCAACUAAGCGAAAACUUACACCCGAGGCUAGGGACAGCAUCUCCAGGCUAAGGGAAGUCCUCCAUGCUCUCAGGCCAAAGAGAUUUUUGGGGGCCUACUCAGUCCCACAAGAGAAACAGAAGGAAGAUGUGAAUGCUUUGCCAGAGGUGCUGCCAGACGUGGAGCACUUUGAGGGAGCCACUGCUCCAAGGCAGGUGGGCUCAGAAGGCCCUACAUCCCAGCUGGAGAGGCAGAGGAGGCAAGGAUCCAUCAAAAGAAGUCCUCUCAAGGGUCCCAGCGCCAUUUACCUGGAAGACUUCUCCGAUCCUACCAAGAAGCCAGUGGCUCUCUAUUUGGCCGAGAGCGACACAGAGCAUAGUUCGAGUUCUGUGACAGACCCCAACAACCCUCUGAGUACCCAGCUGCCAUCCACCUCACCUGCCAACAGCCCCAUGGACUCUGACUCACUGCCCACAGUUGCCCUGUCACUGUGUGGGGGCCUCAGGGGCAACACGGAGAUCUCUCAUGAGAAGUUCAUGGAACACAGGGUCUCCUACCAGCAGUUUGCUGCGAAUCCAAGGCUCAUCAGUGACCCAAACCUGGUGAUAAUGAUCAACAAUAAGUACUACAACUGGGCAGUGGCUGGUCCCAUAGUCCUGGCCCUGCAGGCUUUCCAGAGGAACAUUCCUGAGAGCAUCAUUGAUGAAUUGGUGAAGGAGGACAUGCCCAAGAAAGACAGAAGAUAUUGGUUCUCCUGGAGGAGGAGAGAAUCCCCAACAGAGGAGCAGCAGCAGCCAAGGCCAGAGAAAGCCAGCAUGGGAACACUGUGGCGUGACUUUCUUCAGCAGAGGCAGGAGGAAAAGGAAUCACCCAGUGACAGUGAGCCCCAGCAACCUGGGGACACGUUGGAAGCAGAAGCUCUCCCUCAGAAACCUCUGCCAAACUUCAGGAAAUCCCUGCGUCUCUCUUCCGAACAAAUUGGAAAGUUGAAUCUGCAGGAUGGCCCCAACGAGGUGGCAUUCAGCGUGACAACUCAGUACCAGGGUACGUGCCGCUGUGAGGCCACCAUCUACCUGUGGAACUGGAACGAAAAAGUGGUGAUCUCAGACAUCGAUGGCACCAUCACCAAAUCGGAUGCUCUUGGACACAUCUUGCCACAGCUGGGUAAAGAUUGGACUCACCCUGGGAUUGUUAAACUCUUCCACAAGAUCCACCUGAAUGGCUACAAGUUCCUCUACUGCUCGGCCAGGGCUAUUGGCAUGGCCCACAUCACCAAAGGCUACCUCAAAUGGGUCAAUGAGCAGGGCUGUGGCCUUCCCAUGGGCCCCAUGCUGCUUUCCCCCAGUAGCCUCUUGUCUGCUUUCCACAGGGAGGUGAUUGAGAAGAAUCCAGAGGUGUUCAAGGUCCCCUGCUUGAUGGACAUCCGAAAACUGUUUGCUACAAAGUUUCCCUUCUAUGCAGGCUUUGGGAACAAGCCCAAUGAUGUCUAUGCUUACCAGCAAGUGGGGCUGCCAGAGAGCCGCAUAUUCACAAUAAACCCCAAAGGAGAGCUGAUCCAGGAGCUCACAAAAACCCAAAAGUCAACGUAUGAGCAGCUGUCAGAGCUGGUGGAGGUGUUCUUCCCUCCUGUGGGACGGAGGGGGAGCGCUGCUCUGGUGUCCCCAGAGUACAGUCACUGGAGAUCUUCACUGCCUGAUGAUGACUGGGAUGGCUCCCCCUAACCCCAUCCCUGUGGAGACCUGACCCAGAGCUCUCCUGCAUGUUCUUUGCCAGGACUAAAUGCUCCAUGUGGACCUCACCCUCCCUGUUUGCUGCUUGGGCAUUUUGCACUUGUAAUAGAGGUCAUGACACCCCUUAGCAGGAAGCCAAAGGGGGUAAGAGGGAGUUCUGACUCGACAAAAAUGCCAAUUGCUAAACACAAAUUCCUGAAAGCUGGGUCUCUUCUGGUGUUUGUAGCUCCUCUAAAGCCUGGCUCUUUUUUAAAGGUGGUGGUUGUUCACUGUUGUAUUUAUUGAGGAGCCUCUGACAUAGCUAUUACUACCUUUGGUAUGACCAGUGUUCCAGACAGUCCAGCUACCUGCAGUUUGGUAGCUGAAACUGCCCACCAACUUGUAAAGGUUGAUGGAAGAUGCUGGGGUUUUGAGUGUUCUGAACAAAAACCAGUAAUAAACAGUGCCUUAAUCAA